AUGGGUGUCGGAAUAAACGCAAUGCCGGUGACGUUUGUGGCACACGCGCUCGCUCUAAUCGCGGCGAUUAUGAUGCUGGUUUGGAGUAUCAGUUUCAGAGGUGGAUUUGCUUGGGAAGCUACCAACAAGAAUCUCAUCUUCAAUCUGCAUCCUUUUCUGAUGCUCGUUGGAUUUAUUAUCUUGGGAGGAGAAGCCAUUAUAAGUUACAAAUCGCUUCCUCUGGAGAAACCUGUGAAGAAGUUGAUCCAUCUUGUUCUCCAUGCCAUCGCUCUGGCUCUUGGGAUCUUGGGCAUCUGCGCAGCCUUCAAGAACCAAAACGAAUGCAACUUCUCUAAUCUUUCCAGUCUCCAUUCCUGGAUUGGUAUUGGUGUCAUUUCUCUUUAUGGCUUCCAGUGGCUGUACAGCUUCGGAUUGUUCUUCUACCCAGGAGGAUCAUCAAAUCUGAGAAGCGGUUUGCUUCCAUGGCACGCAAUACUCGGUCUAUUUGUUUUUGUACUUGCUGUUGGGAAUGCAGCUUUAGGGUUUCUUGAAAACCUGACUUUCAUGGAGAAUGAAGGGCUUGACGAGUUCGGAAACGAAGCAUAUCUUGUCAACUUCAUGGCCAUUGUUACCAUUCUCUUUGGUGCCUCUGUGGUACUCACUGUCUCCGCCAAGUCCGAGUCUACUUCCUCUCCCUCCGUUGAUGAUGACAGUAACUAUAGCUAUUCCGCUAUAUAG